AUGGGCCUCUUCAGCUCCUCAACCGAAAAAUCGGUCCUCGAGCGCCACCCCACCACCCCAGACAUAACCACGCAAUCCGGCUCCGGCGCCGAGCAAGACCGCUACGGCCAGCACUUUGCCGCCUCGAGCGACAAGCUCAACUCGAGCCUAGCCACGGGCAUGGACAAGGUGAAGAGCUAUGCCGGAGACGCCAAAGACGCCGCCAAAGGCUACGCAAAGGAUGCUUCUCACUACCAAGCCCCGGGUGCAGAACAGGAUCGCUACAAUGCCCACUUUUCGCCUGCGCUGCACUCGCUUGAUGCGAGGCUUGUGGGUAGGGCGGCGGCCAGUUAUGCGGCCAAGGGGCCUGCGCAGGCGAGCUGGCAUGGGUUGGGGUAUGAUGGGCAGCAGCGGGCAAAGUUGCUGGCGGGGUCUGGGGAGGGGGCUGAGCAGGAUCGUCUAGCGCAGCAUUUCGCGCUGAACAAGGAUGCAGUGGUUGCGGCGGCGCAGCGGCUCAAGGACGGAGCAAAGGAUGUUUUGGAGAGGAGAUAG